CUUAUCUUGUCAAAGUCAAACUGUCAAAGCGCUGGCAUCAACAUUUCUCAUCAUUUUUUUAAUUUUUAUACAGUUUAUAAAAUUUCAAAAAACUAAAUUAUAGGAAUUACAUUUUUAAAAACAAAAAACAAGUUCAUUAAGAAUAUAGUUAUUUGUAUUUAAAUUUAAUAUUUAUAAUUUGGAUUUUGUUAAUUAGGCCUAGGGCGUAAUGUUUUUAUAACUAAUAUUAUACCUAUAAACUAAUUUUUCCGUUUUAUUAAGGAAUAUACACUAUAAAAAUGUCAUUAGUUAGCGAUUUACGAAUAGCAGUAAUAUGCUCUAGCAAUAUGAAUCGUAGUAUGGAAGCUCAUGCCUUUUUGGCAAAGAAAGGAUUUGAUGUAAAAUCAUAUGGAACAGGGGAUAAAGUUAAAAUCCCUGGAUCUGCAUUCGAUAAACCUAAUGUUUAUGAAUUUGGUACUUCAUAUGAAGACAUUUAUCUUGAUUUGCAACAAAAAGACAAAUCAUUAUAUACACAAAAUGGUUUGCUUCAUACGCUUGACAGGAACAGACGAAUAAAAAGCCAUCCAGAAAAAUUUCAGGAAACCAAUGAAAAAUUUGAUAUUUUGAUUACCUGCGAAGAAAGGGUAUAUGAUGCUGUGGUAGAAUAUAUGGAUAAUAAGUCACCAUUGGACAAUGCAAUAGUGCAUGUGAUCAAUAUUGAUAUUCAGGACAACUUAGAAGAAGCAACUAUAGGAGCAUUUUUAAUUAGUGACAUGUGUAUGAUGUUAGCAAAAACUGAAGAUCUAGACAACGAAAUAGAGGAAGUUUUGCACAAUUUUGAAGAAAAAAGCCAGAGAUCAAUUUUACACAGUAUUGUCUUUAAUUAAGAAUAAAAUAUUGUCAAUAAGGCAUGCAUUAUUUAUUUUUAAGUAUGAUAUAGUGCUAUUUAAGUCUUCAAAAAAUACUUUGUAAUAUAUAUUAACAAGGCUGUUC